AUGGUGAUGGUGAUGAUGUUGAUGGUGUUAACGGUGAUGAUGUUGAUGGUGAUGAUGGUGAUGAAUGAUGGGGAUGAGGAUGAUAGUGGUGAUGAGGAUGGCGAUGGUGAUGCUGAUGAUAGUGAUGAUGGUGCUGGUGAUGAUGAUGGUGAUGGUGAUGAUGGUAAGGAUGAUGGGAAAGAGAAUGAUAUUGGUGAUGAGGAUGGUGAUGGUGAUGCUGAUGACAGUGAUGAUGGUGAUGAUGAGGAUGAUGGUGAUGGUGGUGAGGAUAAUGGUGAUGGUGAGAAUGAUGGUGAGGAUGAUGGUGGUGAGGAUAAUGGUGAUGGUGAGGAUGAUGACGGUGAGAAUGAUGAUGGUGAUGGUGAGGAUGAUGGUGGUAGUGAGGAUGAUAAUGGUGAGAAUGACGGUGAGGGUGAUGGUGGUGAGGAUAAUGGUGAUGGUGAGGAUGAUGACAGUGAGGAUGAUGAUGAUGUGAUGAUGAUGGUGAUGAAUGAUGGGGAUGAGGAUGAUAGUGGUGAUGAGGAUGGCGAUGGUGAUGCUGAUGAUAGUGAUGAUGGUGCUGGUGAUGAUGAUGGUGAUGGUGAUGAUGGUAAGGAUGAUGGGAAAGAGAAUGAUAUUGGUGAUGAGGAUGGUGAUGGUGAUGCUGAUGACAGUGAUGAUGGUGAUGAUGAGGAUGAUGGUG